GGUUGAAAGACUUGGUAUCCCAUUUGACCAAGCAGUAUGUGCAGAUAAACUUUGUUCGCCGAAACGCCUCUUUAAUUGUCGAUUCUACUUGCCCCCCCCUAAAAAAUAUAUAUUUUUAGUUAACUCCCAAUAAUGGUUUAUCUUUGGCAAUCAGACGGGAAUCAUAGUACAUUUUAUAUUGCUCUUUAACAUAAUUCGAAUUGAUCUCAAGACCGCGGAUCGUGUUCACUGAUUUAAAAAAAAAAGAAAUAAAAAAAAACAUGAGAUGGAAGUAUCCAUGAAUAUGCAACAAGAUAAUGAUUAUAAAAAGGCCAUUUGAAUUUUCAUUUUCAUAAAGUUGUUUAGGUCGAAAUUUUGAAUUUAUUUGAAAAAGUUCAGGGCAUUGCAUUUGAAAUGCAUACGGGACAGACCUAAUACCGAUAUUUGGCAUAAAAUUAUCCUGACUAUUUAUGCAUUCUUUGUGACAAAUGUCACUUUCAAUUUGAUAGCUUCUGCUGUCCCCUGAUUAUGAAUGGCAAGCCAGUCCCCUCGAAUCACCGCGCCUAACGGGACCGGUAGGAAAGGAUUACAAUGCCCGUAUUCUCCGCUGCUCAAUAGCAGAAUAGGGGAUAUAUCCGCUAUACAACGCGCCACGCGGGCCCGCGCAUAAUCCCUUUGCCUCCUAUACCAAUUCACUUCGACCCCUCUUCACGUUUCCGUUUGCCAUCAGUAGAGUUGCAUUACAUACAUAAUUCUACCGUUAUAUCUCUCGAAGCUUCCACAGCUAGAUUUAACGGAGUUAAAAAGAGCUAAUUGACUCAAUAUAACAAAUUGUACAGGUCUUAUUGUAAGGAAUAUCCAUUUCAAGUGUAUCAAAUUACUACAUUAUUUGCAUAUUAAUUCAAAACUUUGAAAAUUUCAUAAAAUCCAACUAACGUGUUAAUCAGCUCAUAACAUCACAACCAACAACUCUCGAAUCGGUAGGGUGGUGUAUAAUUAUAAUGUAUUUUUAAAGAUACCAGAGCAAGCGAAAAAAAAGUCAAAGUGGAAUUAAAACAAAUCCAAAGUAGGCCUAUGUAUAGACCAACUGCGGUCUACAUUAUUACUUGAUACUUUCAAUCGAUUCUUUAAGAAAAAUAAUGCUAUGCAAAGUUGCAAAAUUCGCAUGAAAAUAUGAUAACAUAAAAUGAUAUAAGAUUAUGAGACAUAUCAUAGUGAACAGAGUAUAUAAACGAUCGUUUUAUACUAUUUAAUUACUUAACCAUGUGUAGAGUAUAUUUGGAGGUCCUGUUCUCAUGUUCAGAAAAUGAGUCAAUGUCAACAAUAUUUUUAUUCUCUUUUCUUUAAAUCAUGUUUUAUUGUUUCAGAUCAAAUCAAUAAUCGACUUGGUUCUUGCCACUUUUUCUUUUAUUAUCUAAAUCUUCGCGUCUCCCUCAGGACAAUGAAACAAAUGAUUACAAACGAGAUUUUAAAUGACCGGUUCAUAUGAAUUCUAAUUGAAAUUACUCUCUGAAUUCAAGAAUUAAAAAUGUGAUGACAAGAGUGACAUAAUUGUGGCCAUCAUAAUGAAAAUAUUGCAAUUUAAAUCAUCAAUCACUGGCUAAAAGGGUAAAAUAAUAACCAUAUCUAGGAGCCUUGCAAAAUAUAUCACAGCAGAUUACAGAGUUCGGAGUUUGACUACUUUCAACUUUAUAACGCCUUAGCACUUACACCAGAAAAUUAAUUACAGUUUUCAUAGUUCUGCAAAAUGUAAAACAGGGUAAUCGUUUGUCUCAUAAUUCUAAGACAUAAUUAUCCACACAUUACAUCGAACAUAAAUAACUCUUCAUUAACAUUGAAAAGAAUUGAGUAAUGCUAUAUAGAGUUUUAGACCAAGUUUGAAUACUGAUAAGAGUGGGAUUUUUAUUUUCAUUACAGGCGAUGAAUUUUGAUGACAAUCCGAAGUAUGUUCAUAACUGUUAUAAUGAGAAUUAAUGUUCUGUAUUAUGGAGUGAUUUAAACAAUUUUGAAUAAUGUUUUAUGCCGAAGUUUCCUCUCAAGGUAAAUAAGGAAUGGCUUUCCUAUUCUCUACAUUCUACGUGAUACGAUUUCUGAUCGUCAAUUAUUUUUCCCUAAACGCGAUAGAUAGAUCCAUUGGAUGAUUCAGAUCUUCCCAGAGACCCCAAAAGCCAUCGUCGUAUCCGGUCACCGAGUGGCUUUCUGACGGAUGCUAUUGUUCGAGGGGAUUAACCGGGUAGGCGCUCCCUGAUUGGACGGCGGUACUUGAGCUUUAAUCAUCGCACAGCCAAUCAGGACAAAGCCUUUCAUCUGACCGCGGGUGCGCUGGUGGCUGACCGAAGCCAAUAAAUGGGCGCGCUCUGCUGGUGGAAAAUCAUAUCGAUAAUCAGCUGCUAUUCAUCUCGUUUACAAUCCGCUUCGCUUGCUUCGUCGCUUCAACUUCGUCGGCUAUUCAGCGCUUCCUGCUCAUCUACAAUCAUCAUCAUGGCCCCGUCCGUCACCGCAGUCCCUGUCGUCAAGGCUACCGCUACUCAGCCUCACUUCGUCUCCGUUCUGAUGUGCUCCGGUCCAGACUCGGGGAAGGUCUUCGCUGUACUCAUUCAAGACCUCGUCCACCGUCGCAAGAAGCUGGACAUCGGUACACACGUCCUCGUCAAGCGUCACGAUGGCAGUAAGAGGGUCAAAGGCGUCGUAGUUCACAUGAAUCCAUUCCUCAACGCCAGGCUACCUCCUCCAGCUAAGGCCAAAGCAGUACCAGUUCCUAAUCUGCCUCGACAGCAACCAGUCAAGCGACCAUGUAUGCCAGAGCAGCCAAGCCUAGCCAACGACGUAGCGGUCCAUGCAGCGAAGCGGUCGAAGCCUGGUACUUCUCAGCCGAACGGUGUCUCGGCCCUCCAACCAGCCUUGCUCCGGAAAGGUCCACGUGGCGAGGUCUUCAUCCGCUGCUUCAACAAAGAGCCUGGGCCUCCCCGUCGACGCAUCUUCGGUCCUCAGUCUACCCGCUACCCAACCCGACACCGCGUCCGCCGAGAGCUGGUCUAUGGCAAGACGUCGAUGAAGCUCAAGGGUUCAUCGCAGCCCGUCAGUGUGGAGGAGCUCGACGGCAUCGUUCCUCUCGACUGCCUCGACGACAUCGUCUCCGUAGACGAACUCUGUGACGCCUUGACUCAAGCCGGGGGUCCGCUCCACUCAACUCCGAUAUCCGCGCCGCCUCCUAGCCGAUCCGACGCUCCGUCCAUCACGCCAUACUUCAAGGGAGAGUUUCAACCGCUCCGACCAGCACCCUACACACGCAACGCCAUGUCUCGAGUUGAAUGCCACGCCGACCACCGACUGGAUGAUGGACUGUACCCAACCAGCUUUCUUGGUAUGCUGAUGUCUUCGCCUCGUAUGGCUUGAACUAUGGACACAUAGCCCAGUUGAUAAUUCAGUGUGGCAAUUUUGGAAAUCACUUGAACUCUACAAAUGAGGGAGCCAUCCACAUUUUCACCUUUCAAUUCUUGGCUUAAUCUUUAUUGAUUUCAAUUAUCAAAUCAUCAAAUUUUGGCAUUCAAGAGCUAUGCAAUUAUUCAGAGCGUGGCAAUGUAAUUAUGGACAUAUGGAUGUAUCAGUUUGUGAAUAUUGAAUUGCUAUUGCACAGUGGUGCAAAUUUGUAAAUAAAGUACAUUGACAUUGUA